AUGGAUACCGCAUCAACCUCAACUUUUGAUUCAGAGGAUGGAACGCCGAACUACCAGCGGAGGAGGACCGUGGAGGACUUCAACAAGUUCUGUACAUUUGUGUUGGCCUAUGCCGGCUACAUACCGUACCCCGAGGAGGAGACUCCACUCCGAGCCGGGUCCAGCCCUCCAAACAGCACAGGAAGUACUGUGGACAGCGACAGCUGGGACUCCAGGUUCCAAGACAUCCCAAGCACAGGGGUUCUCCCAAUCAAAAAGCGAAGAAGUUUUGGAGAGAUGAAACAUGAACGCUCCUAUCCUUCCAUGCUGAAACGCUCCAAGCUCAGCACUUUCCUCCUGGAGAGGAAAAAACUCGACAAAAUCAAGAAAAAGAAGAAGCUGAAGAAGAGAGAGCAGCAACCGGUGGAGGAGGCGGAAUACCUCAAAACCGUCAUAAAACUGGAGCCAGAGAACCCCUAUCCAGGAGAGAUCAUGCCACCUCCAAUCCUGGACCACGCACUGAACCUGAAGAUGUCCCCGCCACACGAGACAGAGGAGCAUAUGCUGGAGAGCUGUAAUAACAGCAUGGACAGUGCAUCCAUGACCAUGGUCUCUGAUGACACGGAGGAGAGGAUAAAGACUGAGUACACAGAGGUGAACCUGGGGAAACGAACGGUCAUACGACAGGGAAAGCAGGUGGUGUUCCGGGAUGAAGACAGCACAGGCAAUGAUGAGGACAUCAUGGUGGAUUCAGAUGACGAAUCCUGGCAUCUCGUCACAUGCUUUUGCAUGAAGCCAUUCGCCGGUCGGCCAAUGAUCGAGUGUAAUGAGUGCAAUACCUGGGUCCACCUCUCUUGUGCCAAAAUCCGCAAAUCCAACGUUCCAGAGAUUUACGUUUGCCAAAAGUGCCGAGACACCAAAUUCGACAUCCGACGAUCAAACCGCUCGCGCAUGGGAUGUAGGAAGUUAUUCCUGGACUGA